GAUUCAUUAAGUUGAUACGGUCACAUUAAAUUGAUGAAUUAUUUGAUUCACCUGUAUUGCUUUCCAUACCUGCUGUCUUUCACCAUGUUGAGAUACGAGAUAAAGGAAAUUUAUUUCUGAAAGCUCUCACAAACAAACAAAAGCACGAACUUUGCUGCCCUAUCCAAGAAUUUCACACAGCGGUCAUGUCGGAUGUCAAUAUGGAAGAAGGUCGCAAUGACGAUUCAUUCUCACUUGCUCAGCUUGGUAUUAAACAAAGAAUCGAGCAGGCAAAACUUAGAGCAGCUGAACGAAGAGCUCGUGAAGCUGCUGCAAGACGCGUGGAACAAGCUCCUAUAACACCAUCCCGGUCAUCAUUUCCCGCAUCGCCCUCCAUUACAAAUUCUUUACCAUCUACUUCCGAUCAUGCAUCAACAGCAAACCUUCUUCUUCGAUCACCAACUACAAAUCAUGAACGCGUCGAGCGGGCUAAAACACUCGAGGCACUAUCAAAGAAGAUCGAUGGGGCGGGGAACUUUAAGCUUCAGGAACUGAUCAUGAUUAUGAUAUUGCAAUGUCCAGGAGCAAAAUAUGUGGCGGAAUCUUUUUUCGUGUCGGACGGCGUGGAGAGCGACAACGGAGAAGACGGCGAAAAGGAAAGAGAUGAUACGGCGCAAUUGGAGGACGCAGAAGUGCAAAACUCCAAUCACGUGAUACACACUCGCGACCAUCGCACAAGUAUUGCCUUGAAUGUGGACCAAAAUCGAGGGGAUAGUUUAGAAACUCAAGCAAGCUCUGGAUCCCCAGCGACUAUAGUGCCAAAUCAGCAGGUCGGUGAAGCAAAUGCCAGGCAAGAAUCUGAUCCACCACGUUUACAUCCGAAUCUUUCUCCAGAGGACGCCUCGAUAUUGCACAAUAGCGAGGCAGCCUAUCAACCAAGUAUCCUGGAAUUGAGAAGUCGCUCUGAUUCUGUAGACUCACAAGGCUUAGUUGACAGGCAACUUCUACCCAUUCUCAAUAGUAAUUCACAGAAAACCCCUAGAGCGAUCGAUGACGUAGGAUUGGAAACAACCUCGACAAACACAACUACGGAAGCGGUUCACACUCCAAAUUGUGUAAUCUCAAAAGAAAUUGUGUCCGGCACAGAUAUUUCGAAAGCCCUCGACACUCUUCUCAGUAGCGUUGCCAAGUCACGUGGAAUAACCGCUAAUAACAAUUCUGCAAGCGCGACUCCCCAAUUCACGAUUCCCGGAGCAAUGGGGUCUGUUACGACUUCGGUAACGAAUGAUAGACCACAAGAUGACAUACUUCAAUUGGCCAAUGGAAUUUCAGUUAGAUACCUUGCUUUAGCUCGUGCUUCUGGUGUCGCCAAUUUUCCUUACGAUCAACUUGCAAGUAUAAGAGCUGGAUCUCCACGCAAUGUAUCCACUCAAGAGUUUUCGUUUGAAGCGUUUAAUAGCCUUGUUGACAAUUUUCGGAGAAAUAUUGAAUCAACGCAUGAAGGUCAUGCGAAUAAUGAGGUCCUGGGAAAAAUGAGGAGUAAAGCAGUCCGGGAAGGUUUCAGUGAUGAUAGUGAUCUGGGCAGUCCUAUCCCUAUCGAUAUAAAUGGUCAGGAGCUGGAGAGAAAUUCAGUUCGUGUAGAUAGCGUUGAUCCGGAUGUUGACGAAACCAUGGCCAUGGCAAAGUCAACGGAUAGUGAAGAAGAAGAUGAUGAAUAUGGUUUCCUAGACAACAUGCCAAGUAGUCAUUACAACUGUGAUAGUUGUCGAAAACCAAUCGUGUUGCCCGAAGGCUCAAUUAUUAGUUUGAUGAGCCUAGCACCCACCACAUGUCUGCACUGCAAGACCCGGAAAGCUGCGGGGAUCACACGCAGAAGACUGGGGGCUGGAUCUCGAUCAAGAAUUGUUGCAGAAUCUCCCAUUCACGAAUUAAGCAACCGGCUUUCACUUGACCGAGAAGAUCAACCCGUGACAGAUACUUCGUUUCAUUCUUCGAAACCUGUUGCCGAGACAUCAGCGCCACUCCCUGAGGCUCGCUCGGAACCGCUCCCAGUAUCCCUCCCAGAACCAUUAUCAGAACCACUACGAGAAUUACUACCAGACCAAUUACCGGAGCCAUUACCGGAACUACUAUCAGAAUCACCACGAGAACCACUUGUAGAGAAUAUUGAGCACCUUUCGCAUUCGAUAGAAAUUGAAGACAGCGAUUCUGGUGAGACGCCUCGGGACUCUGGGUCAGGCGAUGCAGGCAAUGUAAAACAGGAGUAUCAUAGAGGUACUUUGACCGUUGAGCUUCCGAGAUGGCCCAGUUCUGCAAGCCAAUGUCGUCCCGCGAAUCAAUUUUCAGCUAACAGCCAAAUAUCUCCGAGAGGUAUGAAGCACAAGGUUGAGUACAUAGAAGGUGAAGCUAUCUAUUCCUCUCCCAUCGGUCCGAAACGACGCCGCGGCAGACCUUUAAAGGAUUACCAUGCGAUCGUUUUAGACUCUUCGCCGGCAAACUCUUCUCAAGCUUCGACACCGACAUCACGCCGAAGUUCACAAGUAGGUCUGAGUGGCAAGAAACGAGGCCGUCCAUUUGGAAGUAAAAACAGUGUCAAACCAGAAGCAAUAGAUCACAAUCAACCAACGAAUGAUACAGGAAUAGCCAGACCAACGGGCCAGCGUCAAUCUGCCAGGAAAACUCGGGAAAUUCUACGCAAUAUAUUUAGCGAGGAACUAGAUUUCAUGAAAGAUGCGACAUCCCUGUCUGGAGUACCAGCACAGAUUCAGAUUAAUACUCGUUCGGCUGCUGGUUCUACAGUCUCGGACUUGCAGGCAACACCUGACCGUGUUAUCCCAACUAAUAGAAGGGCUCGGCGAGAUUUUGAUCCCGACUACAUGCCAACAUGGGAAUUAGAAAAUCGAAGCGGCACUAUAUCGAAUGACAAUUCAACCUUGUCUUCCAUUGGUGGUGCAGUAUCGAAUAUCAGCAACGAGAGCGGUACAAUCGACAACACCUUGAUCGAAGCUUUGGUGGAAAAUUCAAGGGAACGUGGGACUCAUAACCCUCUGAGGAGAAGCUCCGAGUAUGGAACUGACUCCAUACCAUCUUCUCAUCGGUUAAAUAUGAGUGUCAGGAGACAGGAUGGAGAAUUUCCCGUCGCUCAGAGCUCGAUUUCGGACCAAGAGCAAUCUCGUUCCCUGCCACCUGUGCACCCAAGCGGCUUGUCAUGUAUGGAGAGUUUACAACCUGGGAGAGGAAAUUUAGCAGGAAGAACACCGCCUGGGGAGCCACUGACUGAUAGCUCGUUAUCUAGCACAUUGCCUGUAGGCACGUUGCCCUGGAAUACCUUCAAUCAAAACCCCGAUCUGACUGCAUUACCUGCCUCUUCGCCAACUGUCCAAAGUCUGCAAGAACGUACUCCAAAGGUUUGCUGCGGAAAUCGGAGUUGCAGAUUUAAUAGUAGAUGCGAAAAGAAACCCAAUCGUAGGGAGAGGAAGAAGCAGAGAAGACUCAAUGAACUUCUUAGCCAGGAACGACAGUGGUAAAAUGGAAGUCACACGAAGAGAUUUUGCACAUAGCAUAGGAAAGGUACAUAUUCUCAAGGAGGAAAAUGGAGGAGGAGCAUAGAAGGUCGUGAGUGAAUGGAGAGUUAAAAAUCUACAGGAAUUUGAUCAAAGGACUGAAUGGAUGAGAUUUAUAUUGUAAAGCGUUCUCUAUAUCCCUUCUGAUGAGCUCUAAUUUAUAGAAACAAUCUCAUGGGAAAUCACGGUCGCGGAGUUGAUACGCAGAGGUAAUGCCACAUACGUUAUAUUUGUUCUCUAUAUUGUCAAGGACUUCUGCACAUACACAAAUUGUA